CAGCCAGGAGCCCAGCCUGGUCCUGAGCUGACCCCCGAAUUCACGCAGCGGCUGAAUAACAAAAUCAGGGAGCUGCUCCAGCAGAUGGAGAGGGGCCUCAAGUCUGCCGACCCGCGGGACUGCACCACGUACACUGGCUGGGCAGGCAUUGCUUUGCUGUAUUUGCACCUGUAUGAUGUGUAUGGAGACCCAGCUUACCUUCAGGUGGCCCACGAGUACAUGAAGAAGAGCCUGAGCUGUCUGACAAGACGAUCCAUCACUUUCUUGUGUGGAGAUGCUGGACCCUUGGCAGUGGCUGCUGUCAUCUACCACAAACUGCAGAACCAGAAGCAGUCAGAAGACUGCAUCACUCGUUUGCUCCAUCUACACAAGCUUGACCCACGAGUGCCAGAUGAACUGUUGUACGGGCGCAUGGGCUAUCUCUAUGCACUGAUAUUUGUGAACAAGCACUUCGGAGAGGAAAAGAUCCCUCAAAGUCACAUUCAGCAGGUCUGUGAAGCCGUUGUAGCCUCAGGAGAGAGCUUGGCCAAAAGGAGGAACUUUACAGCAAAGAGCCCACUGAUGUAUGAGUGGUACCAGGAGUACUAUGUAGGGGCAGCCCAUGGUUUGGCUGGGAUUUACUACUAUCUCAUGCAGCCUGGCCUUGGAGUGAGCCAAGUAAAACUGCACAACACAGUCAAACCCAGCGUGGACUACGUCUGCCAGCUGAAGUUCCCAUCUGGCAAUUACCCUCCAUGCAUCAAUGACACCAGAGACCUACUCGUCCACUGGUGCCAUGGGGCACCAGGUGUUAUCUACAUGCUUGUCCAGGCCUACAAGGUCUUUGGGGAACAGCAGUACCUAAAUGAUGCCCUGCAGUGUGCUGAAGUGAUCUGGCAGCAUGGGUUACUGAAGAAAGGCUACGGGCUGUGUCACGGGACAGCUGGCAAUGCUUAUGGCUUCCUAGCACUGUACAACCUCACUCAGAACAUGAAAUUCCUGUACAGGGCCUGCAAGUUUGCAGAGUGGUGUUUAAGCUAUGGUCAACAUGGGUGCCGGACUCCAGACACGCCAUUCUCUCUCUUUGAAGGAAUGGCUGGAACGAUUUACUUUCUUGCUGACCUGCUGGUGCCAACCAAGGCUAAGUUCCCUGCAUUUGAACUCUAAAUCUGAGCUUGGCAGUUUCCAGCCUGAAUCCUUCCGCACUUGGAAAAGCAGUUCGAAGCUGCUUUCUCCUUCGUCCAAACUCAUCAUUGUUCACCUAACUGAACGUAAAUCCAUCCUCCUGAGGGCAUGCUGAGUUCUCUAAUAUUUCUGGUCAUCUCAUUGCAUUGUUUCAAUUUAAAAGACAGAAUGCCGACCUUGCUGGGGUCCUGGGGUCUCUUAAAAAUGCAGGGCUGCAGGUGGGAGCAGGGAGAAAAUGUACAGUAUUUUGUUGGCUAUAGAGUUUUACUAUUUUCUGUAUCCCAUUUCCUGGGAGAAAGUUUUCUAUUGAAUGUAACUUUGGCCAUUUAAUUUUUUUUUUUUUUUCUUUUGUGCUGACAAAUAGUUGCAGGAAUUUAGUUGCCUUCGGAAAACAAAAGAUGAAAAAAUGAGACUACUGCCCUGCAAGUUGCUUUUAAGUGUUUUCUUUCUGAGCACCCAGGCAGUAGGCAGUUCAGUAGCUGGGCUGCUCCACAUGAAGCAGAUGUGAUGGACUGUGGAGUCUUUAUAUAUGGUUUUUUAAUGUCAGAUUGCAAGUGGCACAGCUGGAACUGUCAUGCCAAAGCCUUGUCCUGAAUUUCCACCUAUCUGCUUUAAAGGCAAAGGCUAUGUAUAGCUCUUUUGUGCAUUUUUUCUAGUGACAGACAAAUAAUCCACUAGCUUUUGUGCUUAUUUGCCAUCUUAGCUAAACCUUGCAAAAGUCCAUUGAUCAUCUAAUGGAAAACUCCAGUCUAAAAAUGAGCUAAGCAUGCUUGCUGGUGUGGUCUCUUCUGUUCAGCUCUGAAAGUUUAUUUUGCAGUCUUUAUUUAAAAUUGCGUAUGAAUAUUAUAGGUGUUAGGUAGUGCCAGGCCCACCAGCAGCAGCAUGGGAAAAGAAAUGUAUUCCACUGAGUUCUGUCAGUGUUUAAACCUAUUACCUGUAUAGAUGUUGUUUACGUGCUUUGUUUUAUAAGCUUUCCUGAACCUGGAUAAAUGAGUCGCUUGUUUGACUUGUUACUGCUUGUUGUAGCUUGAUAUGCAACCACACAUUUCCAACUGGAAAAUCUGCCCUACGUUAAAUAGCUUUUACCUGUCAAGCAGACCAGAUACUUGCAAGGGGUAAAUCUGCUUUUCCGUCCUUAGCUGAUGCUACACUAAUUUGCAGCAAUUAGGGUCCCAAUGCUGUAAACCACUUUCUUAGCACUGAGCAUGAGCUAAACACUGAGUGCAGUGAAAGUUACUGAUGCAGCCGUACCACUUUGUGCUGUCUGAGGGCAGCUCCUCAGCCUGCACCAGAGCAGACGUGGGUUUUGAUCUUUUAAGGGCCCACCUGCUGAGUGCCUCAGGCCACCUAAGAGCAGGCAAGCAGCUGCAGGGCAGCAUGGGCAACCUCCAAGCCAGUGCGCUCCUGCAGCAGCGAUAGUGAAGCAGGAGGACCAAACAUGGCACACUAACACAGAUAGCUCACAUGUGCCUGAACGCAGGGCAGCCUAGCCACAGCCAGCAUAGGCAGACCCUCAAGAGCCUCCUGGAUGGGCUGCCCCAGCAGAGAGAAUAGAAACCAUUCCUGGAAGGCUGCCUGUUUCCUCAAAGUCCAGCCAUCACAGGUUUCUGGAAGUUCGUCAAAAGACAGCCUGAAGCACAGAGAAGCUCAUCUGCUUUGGGCUGGGCAUCCCUGUCAGAAGCCUCAAGCUCAUGCAGACUCAGUGGUGGUCAUCCCCUAUCAUUCACAGGGCCUAAACAACACAGGGAGGUGACUGGAAAGGAGGAAGCAUAGCCUUGAGAGCAGGAUUUGGCUAAUCAAACAGUACAUGAGGCCUGCUGUAAGUUACCUCUCAGCUUGGCUGGUGUGAUGGCAAUGUAGGGAUACUGCUCUGAGCCUGGGUUUCUCCUGAGCACUACUUCUGCCAAGGAGAUGGUUCGUGCAGCCUGGUGUCAUGGCAGCAUCACAUCUCAGGGUUCGUACGCUGAUCAGGGAAGCAUCAGGGCCUGGUGUACAACUGCUUAAUGGAGCACUGUUUAAUAAAAAUACUGAAACAAACAAGCUUUGGAUUAUUUUUACCCCUGGCUUUGUGACCAGGAUUCAUGUCUGAAGAGAUCAAGAUAUGCCACAACAGCCGCUCUGGUAGCUCCUGGAGGCUCAUUG